AUGGUACGAGCCAACAAGCGGCUAGCGGUCCCGUUGGUGACGGCACUUGUCGUUGUGGUGAUCUGGACGAUACUGGCGUUGCAGAAAGCGUCCAACAAAUACUCUCUGGGACUGGUAUUUGUUGAUUCGUAUACACACUACAUGAUGCCACAGGAGAUGAAUCUUCGAGAGAAAGCCGCCCAAACCCUCCGAAACGAAGAGAUCGAGGACCCCUGUACGGUUUUACAUCCAAUCUCCCAUCAAUUUAUCGAUCUUCGUGAACUUUCUUACGUCAGCGAUCAUCAACCCACAUCCAUUUCAUGGCAUGCACGAGCAUUUGACGAUAAACAUCGCAACUACACUCUUGGCGUAUGUGCCAACCCUUAUAAGAAUGAAGGAACAUUUACCAACGAUGUUAAUACCACCGCUGUGGGAGCCUACUUCAAUAACCCAGAUGAUGAUACUCUUAUUCUGAUCGGCGAGUUCUCGACUAAACCCGAGUUCCAUGGUCGAAAACUCACCUUAACCUACAAUAAUGGACUGUAUUGUGAGAAUCUUGUUGAUGCCAAAACUGGUGAACGUAUACGACGAACUACCGUGCUCACGUUUACGUGCGCUCGAGACAUGAUGGCUCGAGCUUCGGUACAUUUUGUUGCUCAAGCUCACGAUUGUACUUAUUUCUUCGAAGUUCGCUCUCAUCACGCCUGUCCCAUGGCUCCAAAGUCAAACAAUUUAGCAGCGGUGUUGAUAUUUGCAUUGAUUUUGAGUGCUGCGGUGUUGGUCUUGGCCCUUGUUACACGUCAAGCACAAAAGAAAACUGAACCAGGAAAGGCUUAA